ACCCACUACGCUCCUUGAGCUCGACAUGGGCACCGGGCUUCAGGCCUUAAUUCAGCCUUCACCUGCACUCUGCGACCUGCAGCCGCCGCCUCAUGCCAUGAACUGAGGUCGCGCCCGCGACCGUGAAGACUCGUUUCAAUACGUGCAGCAGCCGUCAAUAUGCGCGGAGGGAGUAUGAGUCUGCUGUUUUUUUACAUGAGCAGUCUCUCGACACCCACAUCGCCGCAAAGGUCACCCGCCCGCGCUCGUCAACACUGCACUACGAAGGGCAGCCGCCUGCGCUUCUCCCCACCAACUUCGCCCAUGCUCGUCCACCCGCCUGCACCUAUCCACACCCACUUCGUCGGUGGGGCCACCCACCCGUGGCGGACACCUUGCCCGUGUUCCACCACUCGCGCGCACUCGUCCAUACCCACCUCGCCGCGAACGUCGCCCAACCGCGCUCGUCCACCCUUGCAUUCACCCACCCUUGCGCUCGUCAACCCUCCCGCCCUCGUCCAUCACUUGCAGCUCUCCACACGGACCACACCCAAUGCAUGUCCACCCGCCUGCGCUCGUCAACACCUCGCCGCGAGGGACACUUGCCUGUGCCUUCCCACCCACCUGCGGUUCUCCACAUCCACUUCCUCCCGAAGGCCACCUGUCCGUGUUUGGCCACACGCCCAUGCUUGUCCACGCCCACCUCACUGCGAACAUCGCCCACCCGUGCUCGUCCACCCUUGCCCUUGCAUCAACCCACCCCAGCUCGCCGGCAGCGUCCACACCUCUCCACACCCAACCUUGUCCACCCGCCCAUGCUUGUCCACCCGCCCACACUCGUCAGCCUGCCUGCGCCCGCCCGCCCGCCUGCACCUCUCGGCACCCACUUCGUCGCAAACGCCACUUGCCCAUGUUCGCCAAUCCGCCCGCGUCCGUCCACUCGCCCGCGUCCGUCCACUCGCCGCGUCCGUCCACUCGCCCGCGCCCGUCUAUACCCACUCUGCCGCGAAGCAGACCCGCCCCCGCUUCUACACCCUCCUGCCCCUCUCCGCAGCCACUUCGUCUCGAAAGCCACCCGCGCCCGUCCACCCACCUGAGCUCGUCCACCUGCCCGAGCUCGUCCAUCCCCCGCAUACCUGUUGUGCUAACCAUCGUCUCCCGUCGGGCGUCGCCAGUUUUCGCCCGGGGCCGUCCUCGCCCUCGUCUACCCGCCCCAACUUUAGUCGUCCUCGUCAACGGCGGACUUUCUGUCCGAGGAGCCGGACAUCCACCUGCUUGGCGCGUUCUAUACCUACAACGACUCGGACCUCGGUGUGGCGGAGCGAAAUGUCUUGGUGAAGCCCGGCGCCGAAGGGCAGCUGCUCGGUCUGAACGUCAAGAUGACGCGGUCACCGUCGAUGAUGACGAUGAGCAGCAUGGCUUGUCUAGCCGCA